AUGUCUGAGAAGCUCAAAGAGUUCGUGGAGAUACCGCAGGAGUUUGUCAAAGAUGGGAGACAGUUCUUGACUCGCUGCACGAAGCCUUCACAGAAAGAGUUCCUCCAGAUUUGCAAAGCUGUGGCCAUUGGAUUCGCAGUUAUGGGGUUCAUUGGAUAUUUUGUGAAGCUGAUCCAUAUCCCAAUCAAUAACAUCCUUGUGGGAGGGGCAUGACGGAUCUCAGUUCUUGAAUUUUGCUGCUAGUACUACAGGUUGUCGUCAUUUUCUGGAUCAUACCACGGGCAAUUUUCAUUGUCCACAUUUUUUGGCCGAGUUAAGGCAGCGAUCAGUAUAGGGUCGCACGCGUUCUACACUGGGGGAGGAGAGGAGGGAGGAUAUAGUGCGAUGUGUCUAGCACUCCGUACAGGAUUCGUGCGUUCCCAACUGAUUUCUCAGGCAGGAAGUUCAUCAUAUGACUACGAUGUUACGCUUGUGAAGGAAACGUGCCGCCCUCGUCCGCCUCAUGAAACGUAUGAGACACUGAUAUGUUAUAUGGCUCGAUCAUGCUGGACGCCAAGGACGUGGG